UGGCAUAAACCACUUUCACUUUUUUAAUAUGCAAAAAAAGUGAUUUUUAAAGAAUGUGUAAUUCAAAGAUAAGGUCAAAAAGCUUUGUAAGGCACUAAUAUUUCCUGUAACCAGUUUUCUUGCUGUUAUCAACAAAACAUUUGCAGAAGUAGUCAACAGAGGAAGUACAGUCACUUCUGUGUUUAAGCAUAGCCUUUUUUCUGUCUUGGCGUGAUGCGGCUUUCAGUCAAACGGGCAGUUGUACUCCUGCUAACGCUCUUCGGAGCUUGUACGCUUACUAGGACUCUAUAUGAGGUGCUAACAUGCCCUGGAGAGGUUCCCAGAACUCAUAUGGUGUCUAUACGGGCUCAAAAAUGGAACCAGACACAGUACCGGUAUAACCAGAACACACCGAUGGUGUUUGUGGGUGGGGUUCCACGAUCAGGGACCACCUUGAUGCGUGCCAUGCUUGACGCCCACCCUGACAUCCGCUGCGGGGAGGAGACGCGGGUGAUCCCCAGGAUACUGUCUCUGCGGCAGGGCUGGGGGAGGCAGACGGAGGAGCGCUGGGCGCUGGAGGACGAGGGAGUCAGUCAAGAGAUGCUGGACGCUGCGACCAGAGCGUUCCUGCUGGAGGUCAUCGCACGGCACGGGGAUCCUGCGCCACUGCUGUGCAAUAAAGACCCCUUUACACUGAAGAGUGCUGUUUAUCUGUCACACAUUUUCCCCAACUCUAAAUUCCUGCUAAUGCUCAGAGACGGCCGGGCGUCUGUGCACUCUAUGAUCUCCAGACGAGUGACUAUCGGUGGCUUCAACCUGUCCAGCUACAGGGACUGUCUGACUAAAUGGAGCAAUGCAAUCGAAGCCAUGCUCUCCCAGUGUAUGGCAGUAGGCCGGAGUCGCUGUAUGACCAUCCGCUACGAGAAUCUGGUGCUGCAGCCACGAGCCACCAUGCAGCGUGUGCUGCGCUUUCUGAAAUCACCGUGGCACGAAGGGGUGCUUCACCAUGAGGAGGCCAUCGGGCAGCCUGGAGGAGUAUCACUGUCUCGAAGUGAACGCUCCACAGAUCAGGUGAUCAAACCAGUUAACCUGGAAGCCCUCACACGCUGGGUAGGCCACAUCCCAGCAGACGUCCAGCAGGACAUGGAGAACAUUGCGCCAAUGCUGCGCAAGCUGGGCUACAACCCCAAAGCCAAUCCACCAGACUAUGGUCAACCAGAUCCGGAAGUGAUCAACAAUACUGAAAGGGUACUGAGAGGAGAUUUUAAAACUCCCAUGAGACUGAAAAGAUUGGUACAAUAUGCGUUGCAUUGUGUAGUGUUUGAGGAUUGAAGGAAAUGUUCAAGC